UCAGAAGAAAAUCGGAACCAUUACCUUAUCACCGCCUUCUCGACUCUCGAUAUCAAUUAUUAAUAUUCACAUUAUUACAUUAUUAACUAUUAAGCACAUUUCAGUAUUUUGCACUUUUCAAAGGCUACAGUGCGAGUUAUUGCCUUUUAGUUGACAUAUCCAACGACCAUAAUGUUAAGAUCAUUAACAUUAAUAAGAGGAAUCCAUAUAUCCAGCACUAACUGGUCCUCUACCAAAGCACAACUUUUAAAAUUAAGAAAGAAAACAGGAUAUCCAUUUGAUAGCUGUAAAAAGGCUUUACAAUUAAAUGAUAACAGUUUAGAAAAGUCAGAGGCAUGGUUAAAAGAAGAAGCUCAAAGGCUAGGUUGGGCAAAAGCUAACAAACUUGCUAACCGUGCCACUGCUCAAGGAGUUAUUGCAUUUGCAAUUGAUAGUCAAAAAGAAGUUGCUACUAUGGUGGAAGUGAAUUGUGAAACUGAUUUUGUUGCUCGUAACAAGUGUUUUCAUUCAGUUGUAGAAGUAGUUACUUCGUCUUGUUUAGAUUUUGCUAAACAACAAAAAGCAUUAGAAAAUUCAUUUUCAAAAGUCAAUUUAAAAAGUGGUGAUUUAAUGGAGUUAAGCGGAGCUGAAGGUAAAUCAUUGGCUGAUCAUGUUGCAGUUACAAUUGGUAACCUUGGAGAAAAUGUCACUCUCAGACGUGCCACAUGUUUAAACACUAGAGACACUGGUUUGAAUAUUAUGGGUCUUACUCAUCCAGCUAAUCCAACUGGAUCUCAAUUUCUUUCCGGUAAAUACGGAUCACUUCUAAUUUACCGCAAACAACUAGAUAGUGAAAAAAUUAAUCAAAGGUCUAUGGAGAGUUCUCAUGAUGAAAUUCUUCGUCAAAUGUGUCAACACGUUAUUGGUAUGAAUCCAAAAAGUGUUGGCGUGCUAAGUAUACAAGAACCUAUAAAAUCUCAAGAAGUGGUGCCUGCUAAAACAUUCAAUGAAAAUGAUGAUUCAUCCUUGGACAAUAUAGAUGAAAAACAAUCAGAAUCUGAGUUUGAAGAAGAUGGCAUGCUUGAACAAGCAUUUUUAUUGGACCCGUCUAUAACUGUAGGACAAGUAGCAACUGAUUAUGGAAUUGACAUACUAGAUUUUGUGCGUUAUGAAUGUGGUGAAACAUAAUUACUAUAUUUCUGUUUAUACUAAGUAAUUUAAACUUAAUUUUUAAUGAUUAUAUUCAAUUGCAUUUUAUUAUAGUUUGACAAUUUUAGAAAUUAUAAGAUAAUGUUUUAUUUUUUAUUUUUAGUAUAAGAAAAUAAUUCUUUAUUAUUAUGAUUAUGACGGUUAUACCUUUAUUAUUUAUCAUUGAAUAUCCUGUAGUUCUGAAAACUGAUUUCUUACUAUCUUCAUAUUACAGUCUAAAUUUCUGCAUUGCUUUGAUUAUUCACCAAAAAUAUUUCAUUGUUAUUCAAUUAAUUUUCAUUAGAGAACUAAAAAUGUCAAGGUAUGUUUUCCUUGCAGCAUAAAAUAGUAGAAUAGUACAGCACCUUGACACUAUGGAGAAAACGUACGUUAAAAAUAGAUAUUUUAACCGUACAUAGUAGUACAAGAUUAUAUGUUUUUAGUGAACGUACUAAAUAUUACAUCCAUAGUUUUGGAACAAUUUUUUUUUUUAAAUAUAAUGUACAAAUUUAAUGAUAGUUCAUAGAACUAAUAAUAUAUUGUGUUCAUUACAUAAGUGGAUUUGUAUGAUUUAUCCAUACACUUAUUUUUUUCAAAAAAAAAUGUGUAACAUAAUUGAAUUAGUAAAUGCUUUUUACUUUAUGGUCUUA